AUGGACUCCGGGGAAGGAACCCCAGCUGAUCAGACUCGUCACGCGCCUCUACCUUUGGUGGCGGCGGCACAGGCAAGGUGUUCGACGAGGUGCGUCCCAGGCCUCCCCGCUCCCGAGACGCCAAGGCUCGACGAUGUGUCGGAGCCGCGGCACCGGCCGUGGGCGGACCUGCCGGCGGACAUCCUCGGCGUCGUGGUCGGCCGCCUCGCCCUCGUGGAGGACCGCGCCAGGCUGCGCUCGGUCUGCCACGCGUGGCGCGCCGCAGCGCGCCUCCACUGGCGGCUGCCGCCGCCGCUGCCCCUGCUCGUGCUGUCCGACUUCUCGUUCUCCAGCUUCCGCGCGGAGGGGACCGUGACCGGGGCGCGCCUCCGCGUCCCGCUGCCGGGGAGCGAGACGGCGGGGGCUGGCAGCGUCGUCCGCUGCGUCGGCUCGUUCGAGGGAUGGCUCGUGGGCGUGGAGGCCGACCAAAGCCGCGACAUCGGUGACCACCGGUGCUUCUUGAUGAAUGCAUUCUCCCAGGAUGUCGUCCGCCUCCCGGCUCCCUCGGCAGCCACCAACUCCGUCAACACACAGAGCAAGUCUCUGUCUCUCCCCAUCGCCAAUAGCUCCGGUGUGAUGAAUUGCGUGACCAACACCGCGCACCGUGCGAUGUCGUUUCGCAAGGUGGCCCUGUCAUCUUCACCGGAGUCCGGCACCGGUUGCGUUGUGGCUGCCAUCUCCAUGGCCAAGGAUACUACCGAGCUUGCUCUGUGGCGACCUGGAAUGGAGUCAUGGUGCGUGUGUUAUGGCAGCUGUGUCGGUAAGUUCAUCGAUGUCAUCUUCUGCCGGGGGAAGCUCUACAUGUUCAGUAGCAGCGAACUCACCGAAGACCUCUUUUCCUUCGAGCUCUCCGAAGGCGACAACGGCGGCCUUAUGGUCUCUCGUGUCGAGCGGCGUCACAUGGAAAUGCCUGGGGUCACGGAAGGCUAUUACCAGAAUUGGAGCAUAGUAGAGUGGCGUGGAAAACUUUUAGUAGUUGCGACGUACACAGGCGGUGCUGAAGUUCGGCAGAGAAUUGUCGAGGUUAGGGUGUUUGAGGCGAGCUUGAGCACAGAGCCUGUCAGGUUCACUGAGAUCAAGAGCUUGGAUGGCGACUGCAUCUUCAUCAGCCCAUGCAGCUGCAAGUCAUUUCGUUCAUGUCAGUAUGAUGGAGUCGGCGGCGAUCUUAUCUAUUUUAUUGAUGGUUACCUCUCCGCUGACAAAAAUGUCCGACCUUUCGAUAAAUUAGUGUACAACGUGAAAGAUGGUACAAUGGCACCAUUUGCUGCAGACAUACCAGAGGACAAACUUCAGGCGCCAGAUGGCAUGCUGAUGCAUCCAACAUGGUUAUUUCUUCCUGAAUAAACUGCUGCAGGUCAGCUUUGCUACUCUGAUCUGAAAUUUCCAUGUAACGAGACUUAAUGUACGAUGCUUGAUUUGG